AGUUCUAUGUUAUCACUGUCAAAAGUCAGACGUCAGUUGAAAGUUAAAACUUAAAAUCACUUUUUAUUUGAAGUUGAGCUGGAGUUUUGUAAAUUUUUUAUCUUGCCAUUUAAUUCGAGAUCGUGUGUUAUUUUUAUAAAGGGUCAAAUUUAGCUUUGUUUACAAUUAUUAAUUCAUUUAGAAAAUGGCAUCUUUACCUAUCGUUUCUAUUACACGUCGUGAAACUUUCAGUUCUUGCCACAGGUUGCAUAGUCCAUUUUUAAGCGAUGAAGAAAACAAAAAGUUGUUUGGUAAAUGCAAUAAUCCUAAUGGACAUGGACACAAUUAUGUUGUUCUGGUGACUGUAAAAGGACCAGUAGACCCUCAAACUGGUAUGGUGAUGAAUGUCCAUGAUCUGAAACAGUACAUGCACCAGGCAAUAAUGGACCCACUAGACCAUAAAAAUUUGGACCAGGAUGUACCAUACUUUAAAACCGUGGUAAGCACAACAGAAAACUUAGCAAUAUUUAUUUGGGAUCAGUUGCAAAAAAUUAUGGACAAGCCGCAAUUAUUACAUGAAGUUAAAAUAUUAGAAACUGAAAAGAAUCAUGUAGUUUACCGUGGCGGAUCUACAUACCGAAAGAAGAAAUUUGACUCGUCCAGUUUACACCCAAAUCAUCACGAUGUCUCAUCUGACUCUGACUGAUUCAUAACAAACACUAUGAUUUAAAUUGAAUUUAUUCUUAUGAUCUGAUAUUUUUACAUUAUUGUAAUUUUUUAUUUCAAUGUUGGACAACAUUCCGCUUAUAAUAAUUUUUUAAACUAAGAUUAAGUGGAACGCUUCUCAUGACGACUAUAAAUUAGAAACUAUUAAUAAAAAAUGUUAGUAAAAUUAGUGUACAAUAAAAAAAAUAUUUUAUUA